GUCAAUUGUCAUAUUAUUGUGUCAAAAUUCAGAUGAUUAAUCUGUUGAAAAACAAAAAGAAUGUAAAUUUAUUUGUCUCUUAGAAAAGUUUUAUAAUAUGGGAAAGCUUAAGGUAAUCGAAAUAACAAUAUUGGCAAUAUUAUCUAGCGCAAAAUGUAGUGAUAUUACAAGAUUAGUAUUUGGAGACUUCACAAAUGGUUUACCAGCAGCAUUUGGAGAUUUCAAUUCAGAUGAGCUUACAGACGUGUUUGUUUUAAGCGACAAUGAUCGUACAGUUGAUAUUCUUCUUGCCAAUGAAGAAGAACCUCUACUACGUUCGGGGAGAAAUUUGAAUUGUACUUUUCAUAAACACAAAAUUACGAGUGUUGUACCAGGUGAUUUUGAUGGUGAUGCGUUAAUGGAUGUCUUACUUACAACUAUAAAAACAGAAGUACCAAUAAACAAUGCAAAAACAAACAUUUUUAUAUGCUGGGGAGGAGCUAUAUUAAAUUGUUCAGAUGUUGAUGAACAACGCCCUCUAAUAACUAUGAUGGGUCAACCACUGGCCAUUGACUAUAACCAAGAUAUGAUAAUUGAUUUGUUUGGAGAGGAUACUGAUGGAAGGAGAGCAUUUUGGAUAUUUAAUAAAAGUAGAAAUGAACCAACCAAGAUUCUAAUGGAUAGAAAUAAUAAAAGUCCAACUGUGGAACUGAGAAGACCACAUGCCCAUGCAUUUUUAGAUUUGAAUGAUGAUUAUAUGGCAGAUUUGUUUAUAACGACAAAACAACAUUUUGAGAUUUGGUAUGGUAGAGAAGAAGCAGAACCAAAAUUUGUAUUCAGCUCUUAUAUUCAACUGCCAACAAUUAGUAAAAAUGAAGCACAAGUUAUAGGCCAAUCAAUCUUCAUUGAUGUAGAAUUGAAAGGUAAAGUUGAUUUAGUAACUCCAGUUUGUUAUGAUUGGGACUGUAAAAAUAGUGCUUUACUUUUAUAUUCCAAGGAGAAACAAGAUUGGAUCAGUAUGCAGGUAAAUUUUAAAGAUGAUAACACAAAUUUGUGGAAGUUUUAUCACCAUGCGGGUACCGCAUAUACUGACGUUAUAACAUUAAGAAGCGGCGAUUUUAACAUGGACGGUUAUCCCGAUAUAUUAGCUACAUUAUGUCCAGUACAAGGUGGUAAUCCUCAAGCAUUUCUUCUAGAAAAUGUUCCAUGUCAAACUUGUGGUAUCCUCAAUCGGACUUAUGCUAUCAAAUGGAAUUCCCUAAAUCCUUUUAAAAAUGGAACGGUUAUGGCAGCUUUCUUUGAUUUUUACCAAGAUGGUAUUUUAGAUUGUGUUAUGGUUACCUUUGAUGGUAAACAAUAUAAAUCAGCCGCUUUCAAGAAUAGUUUGGAUUAUGAUGCCAAUUUUAUUAAAGUAAUGGUUCUUACUGGACUAACUAAUAAGAAUAAUCCUAUGAUAAUGGGACGAGUUGGUAAAAAACGUAGAACUUACGGAACAAAUUUACCAGGUCCGUCGAUAUCCUACAAAACAACGACCCAAGAAGGCAAAACUAGACAUGGUCUUUCCAGUCAAUUGCCUCAAUCAGCACACUUCAGUUUAAAUUUACCUUAUUCUAUAUUUGGUCUUGGUCGAACUCCAAAUUUCGUAGAUAAAGUAACAGUUGGUCUUUCAAAUUACUCGAAACACUGGACUCAAAUUAUUCCUAAUUCUCAGAUGCUAGUAAUACCUUGGCCAACAAACGAACCAUCCAAAUGGAAGGCGCAAUUAUUUGUAACACCAAGUAAAUUGAUUCUGAUGUCUGUUGCUGCUUUGACGACAGUUUGUGGUUUGAUUACUGUGAUAAUAGGUAUUUUGCACUGGAAGGAAAGACAAGAAGAUAAAAAAGAAAGACUAUCUGAAUCACAUAGAUUCCAUUUUGAUGCAAUGUGAUUUUCAGCAGCACGACUCUGUUGACUGAGAAAAAAUAAUAUUUAAAUUAGAAUCUGUACCAUGUCAUACAGUACAUACACCCCAAAAAACAAUUUUGCCUGUCAGAAAGGAGAUAAAAAUAUUAUUUUAUAAACGUUACAAUUUUAUAGAUAAAAAACUAUGUUAAUAACGUUCUGCUGGUAAAUUGAAAGAAAUUUGCUGACAGCUGACAAUUUUAGGAGUAGAACUAACUGUGUAGCAAAGUUAUUGUUGUAUUUAGUAAACCUAUAAAGAAUACUGAAUAAAACAUUUCCGUGUAUAAUUUACCGCUAUAAAAGUGAAUCGUGUUUAUUUCUGAAAGGGCGUAAGUCAUAUUUUGAUAGUUUUUGUUAAACAUUGAAAAUUAUUUAUUUGUGCAAGUCAUAUUGUUAAGUCCAGAAAGGAACAUAGUAAGUUACCUCUUUAUACAUUCAUAUGCGAGUUGAAUUUGCUGUUUAGUAUAUAAAUGUCGCAAGUCAAUCAACUUUAGCUUCCUUUCUACACUUAACAGACGGCUGGUAUCCUCGACUAAUACUGACAAUUUAACACACCGCGUAAUCAUAUAGACAAAGAAUGGAAGAAUGACAUAUUAAGCAACAUUUGUCACAACACAGUGGGCAAUUUAGAAGAGAUUUUUAAUUAAAAAUCAUUUCUUCCAUAAUUAUAUAUCACUUCAAUAUAGUUAUGCUAAUUCUUCCUCCAUUAAUCACUGCAUUGUAUUUUUAAUAUUUUUUUUUAGUUAUUCCGUUAGUUUAUGUUUGCAGUUUCUUAUUUAUAGCGACUGGAAAUUUUCUUUUCAAAGCUUAUUUCCAAUAAAUAAUUUAAAUAGGAAUUGUAUAGUAUUAUAACGGUUGUAAAAUGUAAAAAUAUUGUGAUCAAUAUGAUUUUUGAAUUCAUUUAUAUAAAAAACAUAAUACAAUAUAUUUAUUUCAUGUUUA